UGGAGGGGGCAGGGCGCAAGUUAUCAUGGAGGAUCAGUAGGCAACUUGCGGCCAGCAGAGAAGGGCAGCUACCCGUCUGAUCCCCGGGACUUUUCUCAACUGCUCAGUGCUCGGUUCUAAACAACCACACGUCACAGUUAAACAUGGAUAUGAAGAAGAGGAUUACUUUAGAGCUGCGGAACCGAAGCCCAGCAGAGAUUGUGGAGCUGGUUGUGGACAACAGUCGGUCUGCUGAUGGCGAGGUCGAAGGUCUGACGGACGAGUUCACAGAGCUGGAGUUUCUCAGCGUGGUCAACGUGGGUCUGAGCUCACUGGCCAAGCUGCCUUCACUGCCCAAACUACGGAAGUUGGAGCUGAGUGACAACAACUUAUCGGGGUCUCUGGAGACUCUAGCACAGAAAUGUCCCAACCUGACCUACCUCAACCUGAGCGGGAACAAGAUUAAAGAGCUGAGCACAUUGGAGGCGCUGCAAAACCUGAAGAGCCUGCAGAGUCUGGACCUGUUUAACUGUGAGAUCACCUCUCUGGAGGACUACAGGGAGAGCGUGUUCGAGCUGCUGCCUCAGGUGACUUACCUGGACGGCUUCGACCAGGAGGACAACGAGGCGCCAGACUCUGAGGCCGACGACGAAGACGAGGACGGCGAGGACCGGGCGGGGCCGACCGGCGACUACGGGGAGGAGGAUGACGAAGAGGAGGAUGAGGAUGGCUCAGAGGGAAGAGAGGUGGGGCUGAGCUUUCAGGUGAACCAGGCCAAUCAGGAAGAUUACGAGGAUGAGGAUGACUAUGCAGAGGAGGAAGAGGAGCAGCAGGGCGCUCAGGGACAGAAGAGGAAGAGAGACGUAGACGAUGAAGGCGAGGACGACGACGAUGACGAGGACAACUAGUCGUCCAUCCGGCCGUCGUCUGCGUGUCGUCCCACCCCUUCUGGACCUAACCUCCACCAAGCAGCAGCCGCGGCGCCGCGACCCGAGAUAGUUGGUUUCAGUUUGUUAGAGUCACUUGUUUUUUUAGAUGAAAUUAUAUUUAAAGAGGAAGAGAUUUGAUGUGAACUUUACCUGUUGGUUCCAGCUGAAGACUCCACACGUUUCCCUUUAACAAAAAAAAAGAAAAGAAAGCCUGCUUCAGGGUCAAACCCAGUGUUCGUCCACAACCAGAACCCCCUGAUCCAAAGGCGCCGCUGGGCAGCUGACGUUCUGCUUUCUUUCCUCAGGCUGCUGCAGCUCCUGCCAAUGUCAAUCUCCAAGCACAGAAACCCGCUAAACACGCCUCUCGCAAAUCUUCAGGGAAAACCUUUUAAACCGAGAGCCGAUCGUUCCCAAAU